GUUGCGUCCGUCGUUCAGUUUUCAAAGGUACCCCAUGCACAUAGCGCAUGCAGCACCAAACGCUCCGGAUCCGUUUAGAAGAGUUCUCGGCAACUGCACUCCCCGCCUUCUCCCAGGUAUAUAAUACCCCGGUGCAUACGCCAAACCCCUUAGCACCGAAACUUUCACCACAAACAUCACCGGCGACGAUAACAUCGACCUAACCCUCCACAAUGAGUUCUGAGGCCGAGUUUAGGCAGGCAGCGCCGACCGCAUUCGACCCUACGAAGCCUGGUACCGCGGUCCUCUUCGACGAGGGUCCCGUGGGGCGACCUCCAGUUGCCGGCCGAGGCGUCAGGUUCACUACGGCUGACUCUCCGCAGAAGUCUCGUGAAGCCUUGGGUGUCUGGUUCCGUUCAAACAAAGCCUGGAAGAUCUACAAUAACGACGCUAAUCAAACAGCGAGGACGAAGAUCAGGAAUGACCUACAGACCGCAAUCAAGGCCAAUCUGCCCGUCGAUAAUCCCAGCGUGAAGGAUGGACUGGUCUCAAUUGCACCUGACGACACACCGUUCAGGGCCACGGAAGGCUUUGCUGUCGUUGUUACGCAAUUCAAGAGUCCAUGGGUCUUCUUCACCGCUCAAGGAUCCUCUGAGAUAGCGAAAUUCAAGCAGGAAAUCAACAAGAUUUCUAACCGAACUACAUUGAACAAUAUUAGGUCGGGACUUGCUACGGCAGUUCAGCUCAAGCUCAGCGAUCCGCAAGGGUUCAUCAACCCAACGGUGACGGGAGACCCCAUCCAAUUCAUUGAUAUCCAUUACUCUACCGGCGCGGUUCCUGAGAAUACGAAGGAGUUGUUACAGAUAGUUGAGGACAGAUUGAAGGUUGUACCGCGCUCUGCUCAUGAGGAAGACGAGGGAAAUUAGUACGCAGCGACAGGGUUGUGAGAAUCGUACGAGGAGGACUAGGAGAUUUGUAUUUCAAUAGCGGCUUUGUCUUUUUGAAUCCAGUCAGAUUUGUUGCGGAGACCGCUCCUGCCA